CCCCCGGCGGCGACCGCGGCCGUGACCCCCCGCGCCGGACCCGCCGCCGCUGACGUCACUGGCCGCGAUGACGUCAGCAGGCCCGCCGCCCAACGGUACCGGCGGCGGGAACGGGGCUCCUUCCCAAGCACCCUCCCACGGGGGCGGGCGGUGCCCGGUGGUACCCACGGGGUGUGACAGCAUCGCCGGGUCACCGGUGCCUCCCGGAGCGCCGGGAGCGUCCUGCCGCCGCGCUGCUCCGUUUGCUCACGGCCUCUCCGGGCAGCCGCCACCGGAACCCCCACCCCAAAUCGCUUUUCGCCGGGGUUCCCAGCGCUCAUCACGGCGCUGAGGGAGCACCGGGCGCGGCGAACGGGCGGCCUUGUCCCGGUGUGGUGGCACUGUCACCGGGCCGGGCACAGGCCCGCGGCAGACCCUCACGAACACAGGGUUGCUGCCCGCCCGGCUGGGGGGACGGCGUUGGACACCCGGCGGUGCCAGUGGGGGAAAAUGUCCCGACGAAACAGCUCCCGGGCGCUUGAUCCACCUGGAAUCGCCGGCCCGGUUCCCCGGGGACGGGGUGUGUCAGCCCGGCCGCCCACUCCGCCGCUGGGCCGUGCGUGUCUCCCCACCCUGGCGUGACCCCAGCCCGCCUCCCGCCCCGGCGGCGGCCGGCCAGCGGCGCUGGGCCGGGGCCAGGCCCGGGGCAGGGUCCGGAGCCGGGCAGCGCCCCGUGGUGCCAAGAAAUGUCACCGGUGCCGAGCGGGACGGACGCCGCCUCCCCCCGCCCUCGCUCUGAGUCACUUGGCAGGAACAAAGUGUUUCAGGCGCGGAUCCUGGCCAGAGGCUGAAGCGGCGCCAAGAUGAAGCCAGCGCUGGAGCGCUGAGGGGCGUGAGGGAGCUGCGUCCGCCGUUCAUGCGGCCGGGAUUACACCCCUGAGCGGCGAAACCGGUACCGGGGCCAGCGGCGAGCACCAGCACGGACUAACCGACUGCAGGGAGGCCGCCCUGGUGCUGCCCCCGCGGAACGCACGGGCUGCGGCAGAGGAACCGGCUCUGCCCGGUGUUCCGCAGCCGCCGCGGCACCGCGGCUGCACGGAGCGGCCGCGCUCGGUUCCGGGAAGGCGGGCGGAAGAGCAGAACCCCGCGGGCACGGAGCGGGGCCGGGGCCGCCCGGGCCACCGGCACCUCCCGGGACACCGGCACCGCACGUGGGCACCGGCGGGACCGCUCGUCACUUCCGGGGCGGGGCUGCCCACCGGAAGCGGGCGUCGCCCGGUAACCGUUGCUCGGCAACGGCGGCCAGCGCGGCCAUGGCGGACGAUGACCUGCCCGUCGUCUCCUUCGGGAGCCUCAUGAGCGAGGGGACGGCCCUGAGCCGGCGCGGCCAGCACGACAAGGCUCUGGGCUGCUUCAAUGACGCACUGAAGCUGAGAGCAGGAGACAAGCACUGCCUCAUCACCCGCUCCAAGUGUUUCCUGAAACUUGGAGACACAGAAAACUCCCUGAAGGAUGCUGAAGCCUCGCUGCAGAUUGACAGUACAUUCUAUGAGGGGCUUUACCAGAAAGCAGAGACCCUCUAUGCCAUGGGGGACUUUGAGUUUGCACUGGUGUUUUACCACCGAGGCCGAAGGCUCCGCCCCGACCUGCACAAGUUCCAGCUGGGCAUCAACAAGGCUGAGGAGGCCAUUAUCAACUGCAUUGGGAAUCCAUCCUCGGUGAAGCUGGAGAGCAAGGAGGAGCUGUGCUUUGUGAGCAGGCAGGCAGAGCUGCAGAGCAAAAAAGACAACCAGAAACAGCAAAACAAACCAAAGGACCAAAAGGAUCAAAAACAGAUGAAGAAGAAGAGUCCAAAAACAGAGCAACAGCUUCUGGGACGGCUUUAUGCUGACAAGGCAUACCUGGAGAAGUUGCUCAAGGAUGAAGACUUGAUGCAGAGCAGCACAAGGCAGGGGGUCAAAGUCAUGGACCUGGUUUUGGGUGGCAUCUCCUACCUGAACCAGCGGCGGGACUUCUGGCAGCAGCAGAAGCCGAUUUACGCGCGGGUGUACGAGCGCAAGGUCCUGCGGCAGGCCCGGGCCCACGACCAGAAACUGAAACCCUCCGACAUUGCCAGGGCCAUCGCGAAGGACAUGGAGGAUAUCGAGCUGAUGCUGGCCAGAGGUUCUGCUGAGGAAAGCUGCAGGAAAGCUGAACGUCUGCUGAAGAAGAUACAAGCCUGGUCAGAGAAUGAGGUUCCCAACAAGAAUGAACUGAUUGGGAACCUCCACAGCUUCAUUGGGAAUGCCCAGCUGGCAAUGGGACAGAUGGAGGCAGCUUUGCGCAGCCAUAGGAUGGAUCUGGAUUGUGCCAGGCAGAACUCUCUGGCAGACGCCGAGUCCCGGGCCCUGGACAACAUCGGCCACGUGUACGCCCGAAUUGGCAAGUUCCAGCAGGCCAUCACCACCUGGGAGGAGAAGAUUCCACUGGCCCAAUCCAGCCUGGAGAAGGCCUGGCUGUUCCAUGAAAUUGGGCGGUGCUACCUCGAGCUGGAUGAUGCUGAAGUAGCCCAGGAUUAUGGCCAGAGGUCCCUGCAGUCAGCAGAUGAAGAAGGAGAUGUGGAGUGGCAGCUCCACGCCACCGUGCUGGUGGCACAGGCACAAGUGAAAUUGAAAGAUUACCAGUCUGCCAUCCUGAAUUUUGAAAGGGCUCUGGAGAAGGCCAAGCUUGUUCCCAGUGAAGCUGCUCAGAACGGCAUCAUUGCGGCCUUGGAUAGUGUGAGCAAAAGCUUCAUUGCAGAGCUGAACAAAGGCCACAAAGACGGGACGAUUCCCUCACACGAAGAUCGCCUCUUCAGCAGUGAAAGCAUAAAAACCACCACAGAGAAUGUGGAAGAGGAGGAGAAAGGGGAUUGAGAUAAAAAGCCAUAAGAGGAAGCCAGAAACGAUACGUAAGCAGAAGAAAUGGUUAAAGGGGGGAAACGGACAAGGAAAUAAAGGACAGCAGUGGGGAAAAGUAGAGCCUAGGCGGGAAGUUGAAAUAAAUAUUGAGCAAGCGUCGUAGCUAGGAGUGCAGUGAUGUGUCCCUAGCAGGGAAGGGAAGGAGCUGCUCCGAGAGGGACGGAGCUGCUCCGAGAGGGAAGGAG